CACUUGGUGGACGAAGCGGACUACACGGACUGGACUGGAGUUUUUUUUUUUUUUUAAAUAAAAAGAAAAUUAGCAUAUGGGAGUUUUUAUUGUGGUUCAUGGAAGAGUCCGGUUUUAUUACAGCCUUGAAUCCGUUAUUGUAUCCCAGAGUCGAGCGUGUGCUGGUCCGUUAGAGGUCGGUGAAAAGUCGACCGCUGUCACUUUUGAUUCAUGGACUCAACACGGACUUUAGCUAAAAGCAUUUCUGUCAAGAGGCUGACACAAGGUUGACUUCAUUCAUUGAAUAUCCAGAUUUAGAGAACAUGAAGUUGUCUCUGGACAGUAUGGGCCUCCUGAAGAUUGUGCUGUUCGUCUUUAAGGCUGUUUUACUAACCGACUGUGCACGAGGACCUCCACGGGUGUCUGAGAAAGUUGCUCAUAGACAGUCAGCACGGCUCGGGAGCGACAUUAAGCUGCCAUGUCCAGUGGAAGGAGACCCUCCGCCGCUCAUAAUGUGGACCAAAGACAACCACAACAUCCACAGUGGCUGGAUUCGUUUCCGUAUCCUCCGCAUGGGCCUGAAGAUCAAGGAGGUGGAGGCAGACGACACGGGGACCUACAUCUGCAAAGCCACCAACGGCUUUGGCAGCGUUAAUAUCAACUAUACCCUCAUCGUCAUCGACGACUCAGGUUCUGAUAAAACUGGACCAGGAGCAGCUGAUAGAGCAGAGUCUGGCCCGGGCGCCGAUGGCUUGUCAGAGAAAUAUGUGCGUCCCCGCUUUACCCAGCCCGCUAAGAUGAGAAAAAGGGUGAUAGCUCGUCCCGUUGGCAGUUCGGUGCGGCUCAAAUGCAUGGCCAGUGGAAAUCCUCGACCGGACAUCGUGUGGCUGAAGGACGACAGGCCGCUGACGGAGCAGGAGGUCGGCGAGGGCCGUCAGAAGAAGUGGACUCUGAGUCUGAAGAACCUGACGCCAGAGCACAGCGGCAGAUACACCUGCAGGGUCUCCAAUCGGGCAGGGGAAAUCAACGCCACUUAUAAAGUCGAGGUCAUACAGAGGACAAACUCUAAGCCUAUUUUGACGGGCACUCACCCGGUCAACACGACGGUGGACUACGGAGGCACCACGUCGUUCCAGUGCAAAGUGAGGAGCGACGUCAAGCCGGUCAUCCAGUGGCUCAAACGCGUGGAGUCUAACGAGGAAAGCCGCUACAACUCCACCAUCGAGGUGGGAGACCACCGAUUUGUGGUUCUGCCCACGGGGGAGGUGUGGUCACGACCCGACGGCUCCUACCUCAACAAGCUGCUCAUUACCCGUGCCAAGGAGGAGGACGCCGGCAUGUACAUCUGCUUAGGCGCCAACACCAUGGGCUACAGCUUCCGCAGCGCCUUCCUCACUGUGCUGCCAGACACGAAGCCUCCCAUCACGCCCAUGUUCUCGCCAGCCCCCAGCUCACUCCCCUGGCCUGUCAUCAUUGGCAUCCCUGCUGGAAUAGUGUUCAUCUUUGGCACAGUGCUGCUGUGGUUCUGCCAGAGCAGAAAACACUGUCCCCCUCCCAGCGCUCCAGCGGCGACUGCACAGGUACUGCAGAGCUCCCACCGGCUGCCGUAUCGAGAGCGGGACCGGGGCUGCGUGGCUCCGUCCUCCAGCUCCUCCAGCCCAGAGAAAGACUGCAUGAGCUCCAUGAACUACGAGGAGUACCUGGCACAGCAACAGCUCCUCCUCACCCAGGGAGGACCAACAAUCCCCCCUAAAAUCUACCCCAAAAUCUACACUGACAUUCACACACACACUCACUCCCACGUGGACGGGAAAGUACAUCAGCAUCAACACAUUCAUUUUCAGUGUUAGCCUCAGUGCCAAAUAUCUCCCACUGACACUGCUCCAGUAUCUCAGAGGGACGAUGAGCUGUGGACCUGAACAGCAGCUCCUGAGCAACAUUCACCUGACAUUACUCUUCUUCUCUCAUAGCUGGAGAUUUCUGGGAAGAGUGUGCAUGUGGGGGAAAAAAAAAAAACAGUGGCCAGUGAUACACACCUUGUGUUUUUACAUCCAAACUUCCAUAUUUGGUGCUCAUUUUUUACCUGUCAGAUCCUCACACCACUAAAAUCCAUGAAUCCUUGUUGUGCACUUAAUACAAAAAGGACAAGGACUCUAUUUUUUUUGCAGCGUGUGAGUUUAAUCGCAGCUAUUCAGGCCAGCUGAAAGUUCUUCCUCAGCAGUUGAAUUUUGCAUUUUCCUACUUGGUGUAGCAGAAAAUGGAGGUCAGGUUUUACCUUUCACUUAUUCAGCUGUUGGAGCGCAGAAGCUUUGUGUGUUCUGCCUGGUAAUGAAGAUGAAAAUGGUACUCAAGAUUUACAAAAGGGGGCUGGUUUUAUGCUCCUACUCAGGUAGUCCUUAUGUUUGUUAAAGAUGCAUAAUGUUUGGAAUGCUGACCACUAUCCUUUACGUUACCUUUCUCCAUCCCUCACUUUGUCCUCCGUUAAAAGUGACAUAGAUAGUAGACUGGUAAGUUUUUAUAUCCUUUUUAUGGCAUGCAAACCUUGCCUAAGACUGCAAGGGAUGGAAGAAUUGUGUUUCCAUGUUAUCUGAAUUGGUCUUCAUUAACUUUUAACAUUUGUUUUAGUUAGGUUCCCAUCAUCAGUCAGUAGCAUGUUGAGGUAAACCAGCAGAGGAUGACAUUAUCCAACCACAGUUUAUGAAGCUGUAGUCAUUUAUAAUCAGAUUGAGUCAUGAAUAUUUAAUUUAUUUUGCUAAAAAAUGUAUCAAAGUUUAUUUUUCAGAGUAAGGCGUUUUACAUAUCUAUGUAAUGUUAUUAAAGUAUACUAUUGUUGUCAUGUAUAGUACAUUUUGAGUACUUUGUCACCCAGUUUAAUCACAUUUAGUUCAUGCCAAUAUUUAGGUAAUUCUGUAUGUAAUUGGUUAUAUUUGACAAUCUUGUAUGAUGUACUCUGUUCAAGCUCAAAAACUAAAUCAUCUAAAGUGCGAUGGUUUGGCAGUUUUGAUUAAAUGACCUAAAAGGAAUUAA